CCCAGGAUCAGAUAUGGUGACGAAUCAAACAGAGGUUGUUACGGAGUUAAACAGGUGUGCUGAGAUAGUGACGACGUUGAUGACCGAGGAGUCGGAGGUGGCUGUGGAUGCUAAGGGUGUGAAUUUGGGAAGGACAGGCCCUCUUACCCUCCUACAGGUGGGCACCAGGGACGGGCAAGCCUAUCUGUUUGAUGUCCACACCAACAAGGCUCUCCUGACCGUAGGUUAUCUUAAAGAUCUGCUUGAGGCGAAGAAUGUGGUUAAGAUUAUCCAUUUGUGUAGAUGGGACAGCGCUGCCCUCAUUGCCCAGUUCGGAGUUGUUCUUAACAACGUGUUUGACACACGGGUAAGUUUGAUGUUAAACUCUCAUACUAAUGCCGCCCUUGCUGCCCAGUCUGAGGUUGCUCUUAACGAUGUGUUUGACACACGGGUCGCUCACAUGGAGGUGGAACUGUCAAAGGGUAACGUUUUCCCAUGCAUGCUGAAGUUGUCAGACAUGUGCGAGACCUAUGGUGGGAACUCUGCUACGUUAGCUUUCAAGAACGAUGUCAAGAAAGACUGGUGGAUGGAAACUGCCGCAUACUGGGCCAGUCGUCCACUGACGCCGGAAAUGAUCCAGUACGCAGCCGCAAACGUCAGUGUUCUCUUCGGUCUCUAUGAUAACCUGUCCAGAAAAUACGUCUUCCCUGAAACUCUCAUAGGUUGA